AUGACGCAGAAUGCUGACCAGGGGGCAGUGGUGGAUCCCCACGCAAUCAUGAACCUGGAGCUGGAUGAGGAAGGUGAGGGCUGGACCGGAUCGAUACGGCGUCUUUUUGCGGAGCGCAAUAGAUUUUUCCUAAUGCUUGGUGUUUUUCUGAAGCUUUCACUCAUCUCCGCCAAGGCCCAUAAAGUUUCCUACUGCAUAAGUUUUUUCUCUGUCUUUCUGGUGGUGUUUCUGUGCAUUAUUCUCGUGUCGGUUAUUUUUAACCUUCCCAUCAUUUUCCUCCGCCUGGGUGAGGCAUACAACGGACAGAAUGAUCUUUUCUUAUUGCCUGGCGGGGAGCUAGGUAGUUGGGCGUCGUUAAACUACUCCACCAUUGAAGAGCUUUUUCCGCCAGAGGACACCGCACGCAACUACCACUCCCCUCGUAUUACAUUGUCGGCAUCUAUUGUGAAUUUUGCCGAUUGUACAGGGGUAAAGGAGCCGAAGGAUUUAUGGUACUCAAACAAUGGAAGAUUGUGUCGUAAGGGCUGUGUAGGGCAACACUGUCAUGAAAACGAUUUCUCUCUUCGUGUUGUGGCUAUUAACUCUGAACGCGAAACGAGAAUGGGCUUUGGAACUUCAUGGAAAGGGCCACCACUUGCAAAGGGGGAAGUGGUUUUGUCUAAAGUUGUUGCUAUUGCCGUAAAUAACACAAAGGUCGGUGAUACAGUCGUGAUUAGCGCAGAAUUUGGCACUCCCCUUCGGGCGCUUCUUCAAAAUGUUCCUUCUGUGGGAAGGAAUGCACGCGCCAUCAUGCCUUUCAGAGUCGUGGCCAUUAUUCCUCCAGAUCGUUCCAAGUUGGACGUGGAGGAUUUUGCCGUUAUUGACUACGACUCACUAGUUGCCACCGUUGCUGAAGGAUUACAUGACGAAGUGAAUAGAGAGGAGGUGGAGCGGUUUGCAAGGCGGGAUCCAAGGUUGGCUGCUUCCUCUAUUUACUUUAAUUUAGACCCAAAGGUUCGUAUGCAUACGUACAAGACGACGGAUUAUUCACUUAUACGACGACACAUCUCUACCUGGGUCACUUCUAUUGCCGAACCAAUUGGUUACAACCAAAUCUCAGUGAAUACGCCUAUAGUAAAGUUUUUGUACAGCGUCCGUUUUUUUUCACUCUUUGUGGGAUUGCUCGUGUCGAUUAUACUGGUAUCACUAGCCUUUCUCAGUGUUAUGCUUAUAUACUCAUUGCUCAAUUUAACUGUAGAGAGUCGAGUGUAUGAGUUAGGUAUUAAGCGGAUGAUUGGUUUUUCAGGGGCAAAUCUCGUGUUUAUGCUGCUUACAAACGCGUAUUCCUUUACGAUACCUGCAUGGUUACUUGGGCUUCUUACAGGACAGUUGGUGUUUCUUGGGUUGCGUAAGUUGGUUCAUAAUAUGAUUGGCGUUGAAUUACCUCACUUUAUUUCAGGACAAGCCGUUGGUUGGGCGACGUUGGCCGGACUGUUGCUUCCGCUUGUUGGAGCUAUUCUUCCUGUGAUCACCAUUCUCUCACAAAAACUUCCGGAUGCCUUGAAUGCUACACGCGGGCGCAACGUGGGUGUUGUGUACAAAAUUAUACGUGAAGGCGACACAAGAGCAUUACGUUAUAUGCUGUUCGGUAUUGGGCUUGCCUUUUUCGUCUUUGGAUUUUUACUAUACUACUUUUUUCCUGCCGUGCUGAUGCGCAUGCGGUUGGAUUGGCUUUUCGUCAUCUUCUUUGGUGUCCUGCUUGGGAUGCUAGCAGGACUGGUGUUGCUGGCGGUGAACUUUGAACGGGUUCUGCAAACGUCGGCGGCGUACCUCUUUUUCUUUUGGGAGAACGACGCCGUAUUUCAGGCCUUUCAAAGGUGUUUGGUGGCUCAUCGAAAACGGAACCGUAAAACCACAUUGAUGUAUGCAUUCUCGCUUGGUUUUAUUUUAUUCAUCACCAUUGCCUUUCAGGUUCAACUAAGGUCUUUCCAGCACGGUGUCCGACGAUCGAUGGGGGCUGAUGUGGUGAUUGAGUUCGAGAGCAUCGACCUAUUUAAGUUUGCCGAAAUGGCGCGCCACGUGCAAACGUCUCUCCCGCAGGUGUCAGCGAUAACUUUUCUUUCCAAUCCGGUUUCGCGUAAAUUGCAUGUACAAAAUGUGACCUUAUAUUCACCUGGACGGUAUGAAGGGGCUCUCAUGGGUGGUUUUCGUGCCAUAUCACCCAAUUACUUUGAGGUGCUUGAUAAGGAGUUUCUUCGGGUAAAUAAGUACGAUCGCGCGAGUCGAAAGUAUUCUCUUUCAGGUGCUCUCUACACAGUAAACAGAAAUCGGGUUAUCAUGUCUACGUCAGUGUAUUCGACCCUUCAGUCAAAGUCGCUUUCGGAUGCAGCUCUGCUUGUAAUUGGCUCAAUAACAGACAGUGUUAAACGAUCCGUAGAGAAUGUGCGCUAUGCUGUAAAGCCGUCUGCGGUAUUGGAUGCAGCUCCUCAAGUACCCAUGUCAAAGUACCGCGGCAUGACGGGGGCGCUGUUGACUUCAUUUCCUUCCUUGGCUCGUUUGAGUGCAAUUGAUUAUCUAAGUGUUCGCAGCCUGACAUUAUCCACAGUGAGUCUACGUGUUCCAAACGCAAGCCAGGUGGAGUUUGUAUCUCAAAAAAUGUCAAGUUACAUUCGGCGUAGUCGUAUUACAAAGUUUAUUAUUCGAGACGAUGGAACAACAGCGGAGUAUUUGGGUAUUGCAGAACGUAUGCUUGGCUUCUUUUUUACCUUUACACAAGGUAUUACCAUGGCAAUCUGUUGUUUUUCCCUACUUGCGAGCAUGACGGCAAAUGUGUCAGAAUCAACGAAGGAGAUUGGAAUUUAUCUCUGCAUAGGUAUGACCAAGCCGCAGAUCUACAGAAUUUUUAUCUGGGAGGCGUUUGUUGUCGUCAUUGCUUCCGCCGUAUUGGGUCUGAUUGUGGGUGUUAUGGUGGGGUAUAGUAUGCAGCUGCAGAAUCAGCUCUUCUCGCAAAUGGAUGUCGCGUUUACAUUUCCCUACCUACAAGUUGUGGUUGUUUUUGUGAUGGCCGUUGCAGCCGCUCUGCUCUCGAGUUGCCCCCCAGUGGCAUUCAUACUUCGCCUGCCGUCCGUCACCCACAUUUUGCGUCGAACGACCUGA